UUUCUAUCAUGUUUGUGUUUCAAGCAAUUUUGUUCGUAUUUCUGCAAUCGGGAAGAAGCGAAAUGAUUAAGAGAUCGGCGUUUUUUAACACAGAUGAGAACGUCAAACUUGAGUCAAAAGAAAUAAUCAGCCGCCAAACUAGCCGAAGUGUCCUAUCUUGCUCGCAAAAAUGUUUAUCGGAACCACUCUGCCUUGUAUUCAAUUACGGCUCUUCUUCAGUGAACCGAGGAAUCUGUGAGUUAUAUAAAACAUCCAGCGAUGGUUUGAAACUAAUCCAUGAACCCGGAUGGCUUUGUGGGCAUCUUCACGGACCCAAGAAAGUAUUUAAAGAAUGUAAAACUUGGCGAACCAAAGAUGGAGGUUGCUGUGUGUUUCCAUUCCUUUACCACGAGAAAAAUCGGCACUCGUGCGUAGUUGACAAGCUCUUCGGGCUGUGGUGCUCCACCACGGAUAACUUUGAUGUUGACAAGACUCGCGGUGUGUGUGAGGAUUUCAAAUUCACCUUCACAACUCUUGGUGCGGUGGGUUCGAAUGGGCCAACAGGUAUAUCUGGAUAUAAAGGCACAACAUUGCAAGGGAAGAUUAGAAUUGAAAACGGCAUCCAAUUAUGGACUGUACCCUUAAGUGGAUCUUACGUCAUAGAAGCCUGGGGAGCAUCCGGAGCUGAAGGCCGCCAAUCUGAUAAUGUGUCAGCGGUCACAAGACCAGGAGGAAAAGGCGCUUAUGUAAAAGGAACUUUCAAUCUCACCCGUGGAAAAGAACUCAAAAUUCUCGUUGGACAAAGAGGCAGCAGGGGGAAAACUGGUUCACCGUUACCGGGAGGAGGAGGAGGGGGAACGUUUAUCACUUCUUCAGCAGACGCUCUAUUUAUUAUUGCCGGUGGAGGGGGAGGAGGUGUUGCGCAGCCAGGAAAUUUCCAUGAAGGGGAUUCAGGCCAGACCACACGGAAUGGGUCACAGGCAGGAGGCGCUGACGGAUAUGGGGGAAACCUUUACGAAAAGGGCUCCCCGUCAGCUUCAUUUGAAUGUGGAGCGGGAGGUGGCUUGAACGGGGAUGGGAAGUCUGGCCUGAUCGGUGAAGGGGGAAAAGGAUUUAUAAACGGAGGGAAAGGGGGGAACUCCCCCGCUGAAGGCCAUGGAGGGUUUGGGGGAGGUGGUGCAGCAUGGCUUUAUCCCGGGGCAGGGGGUGGGUAUUCAGGCGGGGGCGUUGUGAAGGAUAAAAAAGAAACCAUCGCUGGCGGAGGAGGGUCUUUUAACACGGGUGCUAACCCGAAGAAGGGAGAAGGAUUGGGAGGGGAUGGGAAGGUGAUCAUCACACUUCUGGAAGCUGAUGAGUUCGUAUAG